AUGGAGAUAAGAUUAGAAAUCUUGACAUCAACAAGUAUCAAGCAGAAAAGACCCUGGCCACGAGUCUCCUGGUUGGGACAGGAAAAUGAAGCUGUUUUUCUUUUGGAUGAUAAAUUCAUAAAUGAAAUUAAUUUGCUAUCAGGAAGGACAAAGAAGAAAAUUCCUAGUCUGAAGCCUUUGUUGAAGGAUGUUAUUGUGCUAACCACAUCCAGUAAUGAUGCCUGGCUAGGUGGGGUACUCACUACAGGAGAGCUUUUCCUUUGGAACAAAGAUCAAGAUUGUUUGAAAACUAUACAAGUAACUGAAAAGCCUAAGGAAAUGAUUGAAGCUACAGUAGUAAAUUCUUCAAGAUUAUACUUGUUUAUUUCUGGAAAUGCGAAAAGAAUUCUGCUUGUAACACCUUCUGGAUGCAUAUUUCUUUGGGAAUAUUUGGAAUUAAAGAAUAUCUUAUCUUCUAAAAGCCUUUCUUUGGUGGGUCAGUGGUCCCAGGUUAUACCUGAAGAAACAGCUCUUUUGCCUUCCUCUGAAGAUAAAGAAGCGGUAGUCAAUGCUGUUUUUAUAAAAAAUGAGGUAAAAUGUAAAUCAGGAGUGUUGCCAUAUCAUGUUCAUUGGGCACAACAAGAAUGUCUUCUGUGUAGUCUUAUUCCUAAAUGUGAAUCAGUGAAGUCAAGAGGAGCUCUAAUUGCUGCCUUUUCCAGAGAUGGCCUUACCCUGGCAGUAACUCUUAAUCAGAAAGACCCCAAGAGAGUCCUUUCUAAACAUGCUGUCUCUUUUUUUAGGUCUUACUGGGUAGCUGAUAUCAGCUGGACACAUGAUAGUCUUUUCUUGGCUUGUAUGUUAAAACGUGGUUCACUGGUUUUAUUGACCUGCCAAGGUGAAUUGUUAACAUUAGUUACAUUUGGUUGCUCUAUAGAAUUUGGGCCAGCAGAAUUUAUUCCUCUUCAUCCACUGAUAACAUAUCGACCACAGAAGUUGAUGUUUCAGGAUUCAAAUAAUUCAGUAGACUCAUCAGCUUCUGAUAGUGACCCUAUGAGACAGAGAUUUUCCAUAAAAGCACACUCACGGUUACCCUACCUCAUUAUUUCUGAUGGAUACAUGAUCACAACCCUACGGUUUCUUGAUAAACUGUCUCCAUCAUUACUCAUGAGAUCACUUCUACUUGAUUCAACCCAGAGGCUUGAGAAAAUUUUUCAAAGUGUAAUAUUGUCUAAGCCAAAGAGCAAAGAGCUGAACUUGCAAUCGCUGAGUUCCCUGAGGUCUAGCCUGUUAAAACAUCAAGGACAUGAAAGUUUAGCUGAUUGUACUGUGCCCAAAUUCUUGGAGGCAGAAGAAACAGUGAAGUUAAAUGAAAAAGCAGCUGAUUUUCAGGAUUUUGAAGCAGAAGAAAGUAAUGAAGGCAAGCAGUUUCCAUACAGUUUAUUUCCUUUUUGGAACCAAAAAAAUGAUCUACUGUUUAGUUGUGUCAAGGAAGGAAGAUUGGAAUUUGCCUCUAUGUUUGAUACAAUACAUGCAAAGGAUGAUACUGAAGAGACAGAUAGAACUGUUAUAGAACUGCAUUCCAUCCAGAAAAAUCUACUUGCAGCAUGGACUAUAGGAAUUUCAAAAAAUGUGACAGAAAAAAAUUUAAUGUUAAAUUACACAGUAGUUUGUAUCACUCAUUUUUUCUACAUUCUUCAAUUUAUAAAAUGUCCUUUUCCCAAACUUGAUCAUAUUUUAAACAAGAGCUCAGGAAAUAAUGCAUGGAUACUUUGUGUCUUUCAACUUUUCCAUCAGUGUUUAUCAAUCCAGUAUUGGGAUAUAAGAUACAAACAAGAUAUAGGACAUUUGAUAAAGCUAACCUCAAAUACCAUAAAGCUUUUGCUGAUUCAGCAACAAAAGGGUCAGUUAUUUUCAGAGAAACUUGUAGCCUGUUUUCAUUUACUCAAAAUGAUAGCUGACAAUUUAAAUGGUAUAUAUAAUCUUCAACCUGAAGUUGUUGCAACUUCAGCUGCAGAAAGUAGAACAGCAGAAAAAGAUUCAUUGGUGGUACCUAUUUUUCAAAUGUUUCAAGACAGUGGCUCUCAGGAAAAUUGGUCCUGGAAUUCAUCUUUCCAGAUUCAUCCUCCAGUAAUAAAUCUUGUGCAACAGCCAGGACACAGAUUGAUUGUUCUCUGGAGAGUAUUAUAUAAGAAAACUUUGUGGUAUCAAGUACAGUUAAGUCACAGAGUUUCUGAAGAUAACAGAGAGUUAACUGAAAAGAUGACACACGAAGCAUCUACUGUCAAAUCCUUGUUAUGUCACAUACAAGCUAACUUACAGAGUGCUGGAGAUCACUUGAGCCGAACCUUAGAACUUAAGUCUGUCAAUGGUGAAGAAUAUUACCUAUUGGGAUCAUAUGAAAAGUCUGUUGAGCUGUGGAAAAAAGCUCUACAAGAAAUCCAAGAGAAAGGAGGAAGAAGAAUAUGUUUUCAUCAGAUUCGCUAUUAUCUUUCUCUUUUAUACUGCUAUCUCUAUAGCUAUAAUUUAAAUGAUGCUCAAGGAUUGUGUGAUCAGCUGGUAAGAGAAAUACUGAGAUGGUCCCAAUUACCUGUGAAAGAAAAUGAAGAUUGUUCAGUUCUGGAGAUGUCUCACUGUGAGCGUGGGCUGACUAGAGAUGCUCAACUCGAGGCAGCGUUGAGAGUCGUGCAGUCCAUGGCUCGCUUCAUGGCCGCCUAUUUCACCAAUCAACAGCUUUACAUUUUGCCACCUCACAAUGUGAAUGUUCUUCCUCCACUUCAUGUUAAAACAGAUCAUUCCCUUAGACUAAUUCCUCUGCAGCACUCUAAGGUGGCCAGUGUUGUUAGAGAUCAGAAUCUGUCUAAUGUGUGGACAGUUGAAUAUGCACUUGAAUUAUUACUUAUUGGCGGCCUGGUUCCAGAGGCUGUAUGGUUGGCCCAUAAACUUGGAGACUGGAAGACAUCCGUUUCAAUUGGUGUGGCAUUCCAGCUGUUCUGUAAACAUGAUAGCAAUUAUGUAAGGUCCAAGAAAAAAGGUCUUCAUCUACCAUUAACUGUAACUCCAGCACAGAUUUUCCAGGAAAAACUACAGUGUUUUUUAGGUCAGCCAGCUUCUUUAGAAGCAAAAAAUGAAAUGGGCUCUAAAUAUAAACAAUUUACAGAUCCCAUGGAAGAGGAAGAUGCAAAUUUGCUAUUUGGUUCAGUGCAAGAAGUACUGAAAGCAUCAGUUAUGGCUGAUGCAGAUAUUCUUUCGGACACAUUUCAGCUUCUGAUAGACUCUGCUAAGGACUUCAGUAAGAGACUGUGGGGCUUAGUUCCGGUCGGCUUGUACCUUCCAGCUCCUCCAUUAUUCUGUCCCCAGCCAGCUGUUCUUAGUGAAGAACAUGGUGACGAUUUUCUGUUAAAAGCUGAAAAAGAUAAUCGCCAGAAGGUGUCUGGAAUCCUUCAGCGUGUUCUCUUGCUUUUCCGGGCAGCUCGGUGUUCUUUUCCUGUAGCACAGUGGUACAUCUUGCAGUUGAGGUGGGCAAGAAAAGUCAUGCAGAAGAUUCGAAUGAAAGGGUCCCUUCCUUCAUUGAGUCCUUUCCCUCAAUCAUUACUUAAUUAUUGUAAAGGAGGCAUAGCAUUUUUUAUUCCUGGAGCAGCUGGAGACCACAAGCUUGAUGACGUUUCCAUUAGAGUAAUAGGCUGCUUCAGAGAACUUUGUGCUUUGUGUUGGAUGCUGCAUAUCCGUGAUAAACUAUCCUACAGUUGUAGACAGUAUCAGAAAGCAAGAGAAGAUGUAAGAGGAGAAAAGGACCUUGAAGUGGAGUUUGAUUCUUGUGUGGUUGAGCACGGUCUCAGUGCAGUGGAAUGGGCUUAUAGAAUGCUGCCUUUCUCUCGGUUUUUUAAUAUUGAAGAUCUUAUUCAGGAUAUAAUUUUGAGUCUUAUUGGAGAACUGCCACCAAUCAGACAGGUAGCGGAAAUUUUCGUGAAAGCAUUUCCCAAGCCUGAGGAUGUAAGGUUUCCUUUAAGAGAAAAAUACCAUUCUCUUCAACAGAGACUCAGACACUGUGUUGUAAAAGGUCCCCAGACUGAAGAAAUGAUGUCUGUUGUCAUGCAUUCUAUUUAUAAAGUGAGGGCAAAAGCCCUAAAACGUGUGCAGAGAAAUAUAGGUUCUUUUGAGAUGAAUAUAUGGGAACCAAUUGAAGAAGAAAAACCAGAAGAGGCUCCAGGCUUUGACAGGUUUUCCCUAGGGACUAGUUUGAGCAGAAGUACACUCACAGAACUGGGUUCUGUGGUUCACAGUGAUGCUGAUAUAACAGAUGCAUUUUCUGAAGUUUUGUUGGUUGAAGAAACAAGCAAGACACAUUUCUAUCAAAGAAAUGCCCCAAAUCACAGGGGAUUAACAUUGACUGGUAAGCAUGAUGAUAGAAAGGAACAAAAGGAAACAUGUAAACAGAAAGGAAAUUCUAAAAGAAAAGAAGAUCAUGAAAAGUUAUCACAAAAUACACUCCCUGUAAUAGGUGUUUGGGAAUUUGAACGUGAUGAUGAUGAUUAUAUUAAAUUUCUUGAUCUCUUCUUGAGUUAUAUUCUUGAAAAAGACCUACAUAGUUCCAGGGAUCCUGGCAUUCCAUUACUAACCAGCUUUUCUGGGCAGCUUAGAGAACAUGAGUUUAAUUCUUUACUUUUUGACGUACAUACAACAUUAAAACGACGCCAGGGCAAAAACAAAAGCCAGAAAGUGUUUAGAGCAGGUUCUUGCUUUGUUGCUGCUCUUGAAUCAUAUGAAUCUGAAAAAUCAUCCUCCGGAAAUGAUAAAUAUGCCAUAAAUUUGGAAAACCAAGAAAUUUUAGCUUCAGUAAUGGUUAAUCAAGGAAUCAAACCUGUUUCAGAGACCCCUUUGAACGAAGUCAAUAAAAAUGAAAAGAGUGGAUUGUUUGGUUUAAAACAAAAGUCAAUUUACAGAAUACAAGAUGACAAUCGAGAAAAACCUCUAAUUCAGAGAUCGUCAAACGAUAGUUUUUGGAAUCCCAAGUCCAUUAAAACCAGAAGAUAUAUGUUCAAAGCAAUUCAGUGUGAUGAUAUUAACCCUCAAGAAGAUCUUCCUCUAGCACUGAGUAAUACAUUUGACAAUAUAGGGAGACUGCUGGAAUGGAUGAUAAGAUGGUCUAAUAGAAGACUGUUCUGUGAUUCUGGUAUAAUUGAGUCAUCCCACGAGUACAGUCCAGUAAUUCAUGUAAAGACCUCUACAGCUGCCAUCCUUACCUCAUUAUGGCUUUUGGAACAAUCCUAUUUUGCUUCAUAUAAGGCAAAAAAUGCCAUUAUUAAGGUAAAUGCAUCAACUGGGUCUCAGAUUGUUCUCAGUAUUGAGAAGAAGCACAAAACAGAUGCUGAAUAUUCAGUCACAGAGGCACCUCAAGGUAGAGCUGAGGAAAGAAAUGAUCAGAGUGAAUCUUGUCCAAGUAUCCUGAAAAUGCCAAGUGAAGCAGAGAGUCCUGAAGUAAGAGAAAUCAAUGAUGAGAUUAUUUCCAUCACUCAUAACACUGAAAAAGAAUUUAUAGAUACCAAUGAGGAUCUUUUAGAGGCAGAAACAUUUACACGGGAGGGAAUGGAUAUGCACCUAUCAGACUAUGAAGAAGACACCAAAGAACCUGUUGGAGGUCUCAAAAGUCCCAAUAUUGCCAUUUGCACGCUGACCUUACCACAGCAGUUAGAACAUUCUACAGAAGAGGUUCAGUGUCCAAGGGAAGAAACAUUGGAGACAAAUAUGGAGAUAAAAUCAACUGAACAGAAAAGUAUGAUCGAAGACUUUUCCAAUCCUGAACAUACCACUCCUCAUUCAUUUUGUGUAGAUACAAGUUCAGAAAUUUCUAGUGCACCGAUUUCUACACUUAAAGACAAGUCUUCAGUUCCACCUGUGGUAUCAAGUGGAGUCAAUGUUGCUUCACAGACAAGUGUUCCAACACCUCAGGAGACCCAGAGAAAUGAACAUAGAGCUCAAUUACCAGAUUCUGCAGAUUCUGUUAGGCAAAUGCUCCAAGAUGAAAUGUUUAAAUUAGUUCAGCUACAGCAGAUCAACUUCAUGAGCCUAAUGCAGAUAGUAGGAUCAUCCUUUGCUAACAUCCCAGAUGUACAUCAACUUCUACAGCAGUCCCAGUCUGUGCAUUUAGGGGGAAGCCAAGUACCAAACCCCACAGGAGGGUGUGGUGAUGUUGAAGAUAGCAGCAGAAAUCUUGAGAAAUUUUUCAUUAAACCACAAUCCAUGGGAGAGUACAAAAGAGAGCCUGACAAGAACAGCCCCCACUACCAUGAAGAAAUUACCCAAUCUGGUCAAACUAGUAAUGGACAUUUACAGAAUGUUCCACAUGGAUGUAUGCCUUUAUGUCAAUUAGAUGGCCAACCUAAAAAGAGAGGACUAACUGCAACAUCUCAAAACUCACCUUUCCCUUCAUUUUCUCCAACUGUUGCUGGAAAUACUCAUCUCUGUCUUUUGUCUACGCCAUCUGUUGUUCAGAAGACACCUAGACUUAUCCCAGCUGCAAAAACUUUUAGUCCUAGUGAUUGUUUUCCUUUGCUUCAAUUUCAGCCUAAGCAUGAAUUCAAGCCUCUUUCCUUACAUACAGGAAGAGUUCCACAGAUUCCCUUCAGACCUCUGCCAAAACCAAGAGAGGCUUGGGGAUUAUCUGAUUCCUGCCAGCCUGCUCUGCCACAGAAAGAAAUACAUACUACUUCAAUAUCCCAUUUAAAUUUAAGUCAAUAUAAUAUUGAAGUCAUAAAAAAGACAGUUGAGCAGAAGAAAUGGGCAGAAGGUGAAAUUAUAGAAAUUCCUAAGCAUGUGAACUUGGAUCAGUAUGUUGGACAAGAAAACCUGACACCUCAACAGGACUCUUCAAUAUUUAUAAAGCCAGAAAAAAUAUUUGAUAAUAAGCCAGGGCCCCUGGAAAUAUCUCCUCAUAAUUCCUUUGGACUUCCAUUAUUACACUUGCAACUUAAACCUCCUCAUACAUUUUCAUCAACCUCAAGAGUAUCAGUUAUAGCUCCUUCAAUACCUGUUAGAACUGCAGCAGAAGAAAGAAAAUACCCAAAACUAUCAUUACUUCAUUCAUGUCUAUCCCCAGAAAAUAUGCAUAAAAAACCGCAACUCAUCCCACUUGAAAACCUCAUCGCAUUCCAACAAAGACAACAGAAACUAACACAUGAUUUAUUUGAACAAGGUGAUUCUGGGCAUCUUCAACUACUAAAGAUCAAAAUAGAGCCAUCUGAAGUAAGACAAGGAAAGGACAGUAAAAAAAGGCAGAGAAGAAGAUCUGAGAAAGAGUCACAAGAAAAAAGAUCAGAGAAACUAAGGAGAAAACCAAAUGUGACUUUUCGACCAGAGGAUUCCAUCAUUAAUAAUGACGAUACAGAAAUCAUUAAGCAACCCAAGGAAGAACAAAAACAUCAUGAUUCCCAGUCUUUGGUUGACUUUGACAUUCCUUUUGAAAUGCUACAAGAUGACCUUAAUACUUCAGCUGGAUUGCAUUUCAUGGCCUCUGUAAAAAAGAAAGCUGUAGAAAGUCAGGACGCAAGUACAAAUACAGACCCAGAUAAGGAAGCUGGUUCUCAAGAAGUUGUUUCUAAAUGUAGUGAAAAUCAACAAAUCAUUUCUUACAUAAGAGAACAUGAGCUGUCAAAUGUUCCUCAACUGUUGGUUCCAGAUAUAUAUCUAAAUCGCAAGCUUUCCCCUGAAAUAGCAGAGAAAACUUUGCCACCUUCACCACCUCAUACAGUAACAAAUUUGGUUGGACAUACUUAUAUAAAUGUGAUUGACAUUGAAGCAGAUGAUCUUGUACAGGAAUUACCUGUCAGAGAAGAACCAAAUGAUAAUGUUACCAAUCAGCAAAGUGAUCAUCUAGAAGUUCCAUCCUCUGCAGAGUUACAUUAUGUGGCGGCUUCAGUUACUAAUGCUUUUCUCCCACAUGAUUUUAAGAAUCAAGAAUCUUCCAAAUCUGCUAUGGAUUUAUUUUUGAAACCUACAAAAGUGACUCCAGCCUGUAUGGAUGGGAAAAGCUGGAGAGCAAGCAUAACAGAAGUGAAGGAGCCUAGUAUCAUCUCACCAACACCAUUAGACAUACAGCAGGACAAAGAUCUGCCAAAACCAGAGCUCCAAAUCAAAGAAGAGAGCAUCAAGUCUGACUCUGCAGAAGACUAUCCACUGUGGGAACUGCUGCGGGAUGUCGCUGCUGCUCGCCCUGCACCACGCAUUACAGGUCACCGGCUAGAGCAUCUCACCUCUAAGCUGCAGAAAAUUGAUGAACAGCUGUUAGCAAUACAGACCAUUGCUGAAAACAUAGAGCAGGAUUUCCCCAGGCCUGAAGUGCUAUAUCUACAUCAUGAUAAGGUUGGACCAGUGGAUCACAUUGAAUUGUCUUCUGGCCCUGAAUUUGAAAAACCAUUAGCUUCAAAAACCAUUAGCAUCUCUGAAGAAGUACAUUUUUUGACUCCUGUGGAUGAGGAAGAUGGAAGUGACAAAGAGGAGACUUCGGAAGUUGAAUUUUCAGUGACAGAAAAUCUCUCUGGUCAGAAAACCUAUGUGUUUCCUACUGCUGAUUCGGCUGUCAGCCUUUCCAGUGACCAGCACAUCUCUACUCCUGGUGUGAAUGACAGUGAUGAAUUAUUUGAAAGUGUUUCAGAAGAUCCACUCCAAAUGGCUGGAUUAACUGAUAUUGCAGACAUUAUUGAUGACCUUAUAACUAAAGAUGGAGUUUCCAGUGAAGAGCUUGGCUUAACAAAACAACAAGCUAGAAGCAUUUCCAGAAUUCAGCGUUCUUCUGGCAGACAUCCUCAAAGAACUGAGAAGGAGAGAAGAGAGAUUCAAGCCUGGAUGAAAAGAAAACGAAAAGAAAGAAUGGCAGAGUAUCUAAAUCAACUGGCAGAAAAGAGAGGGCAAGAACAUAACCCUUUCUGCCCUAGAAGCAAUCCAGUAAGUGUGCAAUAUCAAGAAGAAAAUCAACAUGGUCACCACUGUCCAUUAAGUCAAUGUAGAAAAGUCAGAUAUAUAUCCAAACCAAGUUGUAACCAUAAGGGGAAGUCUUUUGUUCAACCUCAAGGCUCAUCUUGGCCACGUGGAACUGCCACUUUCACCAUACAGAAAAAAGCUGGUGGAGCCAAAGCAGCAGUAAGAAAGGCUAUGCAGUCUCCAGUUACUUUCCAAAAUGGUGCUAAUGCUCCAUGUCAUAGUCAGCAGUGUACAAGAAAACGUGGGAGUGCUGGGCUUGCACCCCAAACCAAGCAGGUGUGUAUAGAGUAUGAGAGAGAGGAGACUGUAGUGAGUCCCUGGACAUUACCCUCAGAAAUCCGUAAGAUCCUUCAUGAAAGUCACAGUUCCCUUCUACAGGACUUGUCACCAACUGAAGAGCAGCCAAUGCCUCCUUUUCAGGCGGCUACCGUGGAUAGCAUUUCUGAGAGCACCAGCAGCAUCCUCAGCAAGCUUGACUGGAGCGCCAUUGAAGACAUGGUGGCCAGUGUGUAGGACAAGAGCCUGUUUGCCCACUGUGCCUUGGACCUGUAAGACCUGGAUAUCAUUCUGUUUCCAGGCACAGAGCAGCACCUCAGUAAUGUGGUUCUGAAAGAUUCAUGGGUUUGAGAGAGAGAAGCAAUGAAGAAAGCAAUGUGAAUUUACCACCUGUAGCUGUAUUAUUGCCUGGAUUAGCCAUUUUAAGAGGGAAAAUAAACAU